AUGGCUACCGCUUGCGAGAUUGAGAAGGAGAAUUCUGGAAUUUUCGGGAUUCUCCGAUAUUCUCCAAUUUUGACAUUGCUCCUUCACAUCUUCGCCUAUUUUCUGCUCUUCUACCAAUCUAGCGGGCAUCUAAAAGCAUGUCGACGUCAAUAUUCGUGGUACCUUCUGGCACAACUCUGCGCCACAUUAUUACUCGGCUCAGGAAUGUCACCAAUUCUAAGAAUGCCAAUUUUCGGGUAUCAGACGAUGGGAUUUUUGCAGAUCUUGAAUUUUGUGAAUAUGGCUUGGCCGGUGGUUUUGAGCAUUUUUGCGAAUUUGAGUGAGUUUUGGAGAAAAAAAUAGGUAUCAAAGAUUGUUCAGACUAAAAUUUGUUAUUAGAAAAGUUAUAUAUAUAUAUUUUUUUAUUGCCUGACUGAUUUUUGUAGUUAUCAUAAUUAUCCAACACUUUUUGUUUUGAAUAACAAAUUUCAAAUUUAGAAAAGAAAAAGGACAAGGUGACGUAUUUGGAAUUUGAAAAAAUAUCAAAAUUUGAACCGUAAUUAAUUUUUGACCAAGAACCUUUUCAAAAAAAAAAACCCUUGAAAAUUAAUCUUUUGGUAAACUGGUUAGAAUUGUGAUCUUGAAUCAAACCAAAUUAUUUUGAGAGCAAUUUCACAGAUUUUGUACUCGAACUCUCUAUAAUUUUAGUGUGAGAAAAACAUUUGUACUUUCCCACAAAGCUUCAAUUUUCCAACCAGAAUAUAUUUCAAAAAAAUCAAUAAUGUUGUUCCAGUGAUAAUGUUAACCCUUCUGCUUCUCAUCAAUGAACGUUGUAUGAUAAUCCAGAAGUACGCUGAAUCACUGCGCGAGAAAUAUCAAACAAAGUUCGCGAUAAUUCAAAAAGUCCAGUAUCUUGUUUACAUUUUUAUUAUGCUCUCAACUUGGUCGACUUUAACACUAACACAAUUUCAUGGAGAGCAAGAGCCGCUCAAAAAUAUCAAAAAUAAUCAGAAAUUCGGUGUGGAAUGUCCAAUAUUCUUUAUAAUGGAUGCACAAUCUUGGAGAGUUAUUCUAAUCUCAACAUCUACAAUUCUCCUGUUUUUCCUCUUCAUUUUAUACGCGAUUUUGAAAAUCAAGACGACAUUUGAGAUGUUUAGCACUUGCAAACUUCGAAUCUCGAAAAAAGUGUGGCGAAUUCAGAAGGGAUUUCUAGUUUUGAAGAUUGCUCAUGUUGGGGUUUAUGUGGUUUUUGUUAUGUUGAUGAGCAUUAUUUUAUAUGCAGUGAGCUCAAAUUUCGGUGAGUUUCUGGUUUUAGUGAUGUCAAAAAAUUAUAUAAUUUAGUCUCUUAUGUUCUCCUAUUCCUGAUCACCCACCAUGGAACAAUCUCAAUCCUGAUUUUCAUAUUUGCCCAUCGAUUUGUCCGAUCUUUCCUAAUCCAACAUUUCAAUUCCUGUAUGCCAAAAACUUAUAGAAUUGGAAGAGUCACCGAUGUUUCGGAAAAUCUUGAUGUUUCAAAUUCGCAACCAGCAGUUCAAGUUUUUGCGGUGAUUCAGGCAACAUCUACGUUUUAACUGAACUUUUGUUUUUUCUCGAAACUAAAAAUAAAUGUUUGCUAAUUUGUAUAAAAAUAAUUUUAGCCCACCUACCUACCUGAUUUUCUAAAUUUCGAAAAUUAAAAAUCAAAGCUGAAAGUGUGAAUAAUUCGAAAUUGAUGAGAAAAACAAUAUUUCGUUUUUUCAUGAAAAUAAAAUCGGCUAAUUCGAGAAUGAUAUUUGAUCAUACGUAUAAUUAUAAAUUAUAAAGUUUGCUAGCUCAAGGCUUUAUUUUUUCAGAUAUUUUUUAGCCGACACUAUGAAUUGUGAUACAACAUUUCUGGCGGAUUCGAAAUUAUAUUUAUUUUUUCGAUUCUCUUCGGUGUUUAGCUUACCAGUGUAUUUGCUGGCUCUGGUUUUGUUAUGCCUAAAUUUUUCGCAGGGAAUUAUUUUGGUCAAGGCGCAAUAUAUCCGGUUGAUUAUACUGUAAGUGGUUUUUGUGCUUUUCUAGGGAUUUAUGGAAAGUUUUCUAGGAUUUCUGGAAAACAUUUCUAGGGUUGCCAGAAAAUUUGAGAUUAUCAAAAAUUCAGAAAAUUAUCUCUGAACUAACAUUUUCUUUGUCGUUUUUUUCCACGUGGAAUUUCAGUGUACGACGAGUUUCUGAACUUAUUUUUAUCAGAAUUUCUGGAAUGAAACUUUAAAAAAUUUUUAGGAACGUUGCCACGUGGCAUUUUAGAAAAAAACAUUUCCAAAUUGAAAUAUAUUUCCCAUUUUUCUCAAAAAUCAUUUCGCGACGAAAAUUCCUCCAAAAAAUCAAACAUCUCUCACAAGUCACAAUGAUUCAUUUUCACUUAUUUCGUACAUAUUUUUAAAAACUAAUCAUAGGUUAACCUGACACCUGAAAUUAAAAUAGCAACUUUUUUGUUGAAAAAUAUGAUCCAGAUCUUUUUUUUUGUUGCAGAAACUACAUCUUCAUUUUUAUUUUAACAAUUCUAGUCUGCCCAAUAUUAAUUCCACCAAUUGCUGGGUAUUUUUCAACAGGCUUAUUCGCAAUUCUCAACCUUAAUGCUGCUCUUCCAAUAGUUCUCAUAACUCAGAGCCUAGCAAUCUUAGCUCUAGCUAUAAUGCGGCUAAUCAAUCAUCAACUUCUAUCACUCUCGCUCUUCCGAAUCUCAAAAAAAUACGAUAAACCUAUAAAAAUCACCAAAAUUCUAUUCAAGUUAUGCUAUCUCUCAUUCAUUAUUGCUGUUUUGGGAAUCCUGCCAGCGCUUAGCCUCGAGUCAGAGCUUAGAGAUAUUCAUAAUUAUGCUUAUGAAAAAUAUGGGACACUAAUAGUUUGUUGUCCUCAAAUGUUUGUGGCGGAUUAUAAGAGAUGGCAGAUUUUAUUAUCAUUUGUUGCGUCGAUAUUUUUUGCGGCUUCGUGUUCAGUUACCGCCAUUUUCAGUAUGAUUUUAUGUCUGCUGAUAAUGUAUGAAUCAAGGAAUAUUGUGUCGAUUCAGACACUGGCUAUGCAAAAGAGUUUUUCGAUUGUGAUUUUGUAUCAAGCUGCGGUUUAUGUCGCAUUUAUUAUUGUGCCAAUUGGAGUUGUUUCAGUGCUUUUUGUGGUGGAAGUGGAAUUGCAUGGUGAGAAUUUUUGUUCAAAAAUUUUCGCUGUGGAAUUCGGGAGAUUGAUUGCACUUUUUUUUAAUCUAGCAAAAUUUGAAAAAAUCAAAGAUUUCUGAAUCAACCCAGUAAUUAUUUUGAAACAGCAGACUAGAUACUCUUUAGAAUAAAAAUAUAAUUUAAAAAAAUCAGAAAAAUGAUUUUUUAUUUAAAAAACAGGAAAUAAAAUUUUGCAAACUGGCAAAAAAAUACUGUUUGAAUUUGACGUGGCAAAACUUCAGCUUCCAACUUUAAAAACUUCAUUUCUUCAGCCAACGGUCUCCCAUUGCUCAUCCUAAUCUCCCUCCAAGGAACCGUCAGCAAUUUGAUCCACAUAAUUCCCCGCAUCUAUCGAUUUUUCGGCAGAAAACAAAAAAUCUUCACAAACCGCUCAUCAUGCACAUCAGCAAUUACUAUUUUGUCGUAAUUUUUCACUAUUCAUUUCUGAUCUUAGAUUAGGAACAAAAAAAUGAAUGUUUGUACAAUCGAAAAUCCAGCUGUUUUAUAUUUGAUCUAUAGAUUCUCACCAGUUUUGAAUCUUCCGAUUUAUGCAAUUUCGAUUUAUGGAUUGUUUUUGAACUGGAAAAUGAACUCGUUGAGAAUUCAUUUUUCUAGACAAAUUGUGAUUAAUAUUAUUUUCCUCUUUGUUUUGACUGAAAUCACAGCACCGGUUAUAGUCUUCCCAUUUUCUGGAUAUCUUGUGACUGGACUCAAAAAUUUUGAUGUUUGUAUCAUCGCAACUUUUUUCAAUUACUCAAUGCUAUUCAUAUUUUUCAUUAUGGUUUCUAUAACUUAUACAAAAUUUGAGCAAGUUCUAAAGCUACGAUUUAAUGCAAAUCACAAAUUGUUAAUCGGAAUUUGCAAAUUAUCCUAUACCUCUACGAAAUAUUCAUUUAGCCUAAGUCUCUUUGCUUUUUCAUUAAUUGGUUUUUCUUAUUGUCAGCAUCUACCAAAACUUGCGGACCAUCGAAAAUUUCCAUGUUCUAAUAUGUUUUUUGUGGAUAUAACGAGAGUUGAGAUGUUUGUUCCGAUGAUUAUUAGAAAUGUUUUCGGAUUUUCCGCGGGGAUUUCAGGAAGUUGUUGUGUUGUUGUGUGUUUUUCGAUUUUGAGGGAUAUCAAGAAAAUGAUCUCGGCUCAAACUUUGAAAACUCAUCGAGUAUUUACACUAACUUUGGUCUAUCAGUUUGCCACCUAUUUUCUUUUUGGUAUUUUGCCUACGCUUUUGAUUUGUGUUUUGGUUACCAUUAAGUUUUCAAUGAUGGGUGAGUUGAAAAAAUAUAUAUGAAUUUUAUAAUGGCUGGACUUUUCAAUGGCCACUUGAAUAAUAUUUAGGGUUUUAGGCCAGCCUUCCUUUUUUUUCAUUUUUUACACAUUGUCAGCAAAAUGCCUUUUGAAAAAUCCCAUAAUUUAAUUUUUGAAACCUAAAAAAUCCAGGUUCCCCAGAAAAAAUUCAGAUAACUUUUUCAGGCAACGGAAUAAUGCUCUUUGUACUCAUCUCAUUUCAAGGCUCAAUUUCCAGCUUGGCACAUUUAUCUCCCCAAAUUUUAUCGAAAAAAAAACGACAAGGAAGUCUAGUUACAGUAACUCGAAACAGCAGACUUGUUUGAUUUUUGAUUUUGACAAACAAUGAUAAAAAUGAGAUUUUCUGCGGAAAUUUAAUAAAUUUUUAUUAAACUUUUCUUAUCUCUUUUUUGUAUGUACUUUGAUCCUUUCUAGAUGUUUCUAGACCAUUCUCUCUAUUGUUUUAUGAUAUUAAAAUAUAUAGAAUAAUAAAUAAAAAAGUUUAUAAUAGCACUUGAAAGUAAACAGUACACACCGAAUAUUUUGAUAAAAUAUUUAUUGAUAAGAUGUCCCAGGUCAAUCAAGAUAACUACACAACUCUGUGGAAAUCGAAUAUUUUUUGAGUUUUGUUGAGAGAAGGGUAAAAAUAAGCAUGAUUAUACAAAAAUAGGUUUAGUGGAAUGAUAAAAGUGUAUGUUUUCUGAUGGAAAGAGGAAAAUUUUGGAUGUUUUGUUUUUUGGUGUUUGAUUUUGUGAGGAAAUGAAAGCACUUGUAGAUCAAAGUGUUAGAAAGGAAUCUGAAAAUUGGAGGAGCAUUUGAAAAUUUUGCUGAAGAUUCUCAAUAUUAUUAGGAACUUCAAACGUAAAUUGAGAACUUAGUGUUUUAGAAAAGGGUUCUGGAUUUAUCAGAGAGUUUAAAUUUUUCUGAUUUUUAGCUGUGGAGAUCAAGAAUAUUUCAAAUUUGAGAAAUUGGGUUUUUUGUUGAAAUCCAACAAAUCAGAUGACUUUUCAAAACAAGUUCAGAAAUAUUGUGAAAUUUUAACAUCUCUAAAAUAUUUAUCAAAUGACAAAAAAUCAAAAUUCUAGAACUUUCUCGAAUCGUUCUUCAGAUAAUUUUCUAGAAACUUCUAGAACAUUCUAGUCUAGAAUGUUCUGGAAGUAAUUUCUAGAAGCUUCUAGAAUAUUCCAGAAAGACAUUUAUAAUUUCCCAGGUUAACUCUCGACGCUCCUUAUCUCUUUCAGAAAAAUCACCUGCCUGUCAACCAAAAACUAUUUUACGACCUCAUAAUUUUUUUAUCCCACUUCUAGAUAACCGGCAAGAAAAAAAAUCAUCACCUCAGCUGACAAUUCUCACAAAAGUACCCCGGCACUUUAUUCCCCACCCAUUACAUCAGCUUUUUCUCAAAUCAUCCCUCUCCAAAAAAUUCAUUCAUCUAUCUAUCUAUCUCUCCAAAAUAUCAUUAUUAUUCUUCUUAUCAAAUGUCAACUGACCAACAGCCCCUCCCCCUUCAAAAGCUCCGCCCACUUUUUCACAUAAAACAGGGUCCCCCGUUAUCUUUUCGCAUUCAUUCUGAAAUUUUUGCAGAAUGACUAGAACCUAUGCACUUUUGGCUCUUUUAGUGGCCUUGGCUUCGGCUGGAUCACUUUCCAGACAAAUUGAAUCGGCCAUUGAGAAAUGGGAUGAUUUCAAAGAUGAAUUUGGUGAGUUAGCCUAUCUUAGAACUUAGAUAUAAAAUAAUUAGAAAUUUUUUAGACAAGGAAUAUUCCGAAUCUGAGGAACAAACUUAUAUGGAAGCUUUUGUGAAAAAUGUUAUCCACAUCGAUAACCAUAAUCGUGAACAUCGUUUGGGUAGAAAGACUUUCGAAAUGGGAUUGAAUGACUUGUCAGACUUGGUGAGUAGGAUUUUUGGGUGGGAUUUUGAGGCCUCGGAGGAUGGAAGCCUAGGUUUCAGAUCCAGAUAUUACUUGUUGAGAAUCCUCUAAGGCUUACUGUAGGAUUUCCAAUUCAUAGUCAAAGUUAAAGCUCCUUGAGUCAACCUGAAUCAUUACUCAUAGUCAUUUGAUCUCUUCCUCUGUUUAUCUUUGUUCCGAAGAAAAAAAUAAUAAUAAUGACCGUCAGGUGUCUGGCAAAACAACUGACAAAAUCAUGUGACCCAUAUCCAAUUUUUGAAAAAAAAUGUUCAGGAUUUGGUGAGCUAGAAUAAGCCCCAGAUUAUCUGACUCUUCCUAACCUGUACCAAUUCUCAAUUCUUCAUUUCCAGCCAUUCGCCCAAUACCGCAAGCUCAAUGGUUACCGUCGUCUCUUCAGCGAUCGCCGUCAAUCUAACGCCACCACCUUCUUGACUCCAUUCAAUGUCCAAGUCCCAGACGAGGUCGAUUGGCGUAAGGACGGAUUAGUCACCGAUGUUAAGAACCAAGGAAUGUGCGGAUCGUGCUGGGCAUUCUCAGCCACCGGAGCUCUCGAAGGACAACACGCUCGCAAACUCGGAAAACUUGUCAGCCUUUCUGAACAAAACUUGGUCGAUUGCUCAACCAAAUAUGGAAACAAUGGAUGUAACGGUGGACUUAUGGAUAAUGCUUUCGAAUAUAUCAAGGAUAACCAUGGUGUUGAUACCGAAGAUAGUUAUCCAUACAAAGGAAGAGACAUGAAAUGUCACUUCAAUAAGAAGAGCGUUGGAGCUGAUGACAAGGGAUUCACUGAUUUGCCAGAAGGAGAUGAGGACAAACUCAAGAUCGCUGUUGCCACUCAAGGACCAAUCUCGAUCGCUAUUGAUGCUGGACACAGAAGCUUCCAACUUUACAAGAAGGGAGUCUAUUAUGAUGAAGAAUGCUCAUCAGAAGAACUUGACCACGGUGUUUUGUUGGUUGGUUAUGGAACUGAUCCAGAACACGGAGAUUAUUGGUUGGUCAAGAAUUCGUGGGGAAAUGGAUGGGGAGAAGAAGGAUACAUUCGUAUCGCUCGUAACAAGAACAAUCAUUGUGGAGUCGCCACCAAGGCCUCGUAUCCAUUGGUGUAAACAAUUCACUUUUCAAUGUAAUUCAAGAAAAAGAGAAAAAAUAUUAUGACAAUUAUUUUGCGUAUCAUUUUUUAUGCUUUAACUGUGUUUUGUAUAUAAAUGAUUUUAAUUAAUAGUGGUGUCUUUUUUCUGUAGUUUACAGGUGUCAACUGUUUGCCUUAAACAGCAAAAUUCAAGAAUUUUCUGAAACUUGACAAAAAACUCAAACAAGAACAAAAAGUGCAAACACGGCGACGCACAAAUGCACACAAUCAUUUCAAAUUUCUCAGCAUCUCCUCAGCAUCCCCUGGCGUAUACUUUUUGCACGAUAGCGUACGCUUUCCCUACACUCUUUCUACGCUUUUCGUACACUUUCCACUUUUCGCGAGUGUAGCUACAUUGUAGGACCGCGUUGCAAUCGCGUUGCGUUGCGGCUAUUAUUUUAUUUUUGUUUUCUAUUUUCUUUUUGGCCUAAAAUUCUUUUCAAAACGUCUAAAGUAGAUGAAAUGAUAGUUGAAUUUCAUCCAAAUGGAUUCUAGAAGUUGAGUAUGAUAAUUGAAGCGAUUAGAAAUCUUUUUUGUCAAAAGAAGUAUCGUUUUUUCAAGAAAAAUCUUGGAAUAAUUUUGAAAAAUACGGAAAUUUCUUCAAUGAGACUUUGAGAAUCAGAGUUAAUCGAUAGUUAUCAGUCUUCUUGUUCUCGUUAUUAUUGUUUUUACACCUGAAUGAGUUUGAAACUUGUUGAAUUUCAGAUCACCACCCGAAAAACUCCUGGAACUUGCAUCAUCGUGGCAGCAAAAAGGAAAGAGAAGCUUCUCCGGAGGUCUCCUCAAGCUCGAGGAAAUGAUUUUGAAGGUGAGUAUAUAUAAAUUAAAUACUUGGAAGACUAGGAUUUCGGAACCCUACUGGCCAAUCGCCUGUCAAACAUAACUGAAAGUUGGCUGAUAAAUUCUUGGAUCUUGCUACAUCUAAUAGCUCGAGCUACAUCUUAUAACUAUGAUAAGUAGCAGGUCUGCAAAUAGAACUGACGACCAACUUUCAAUAAACUAGUAACUAUUAGGCAUUUAGCUCAGGGAAGAUAGCCUAUACAACCUCGCUUUUUUCUGCAUGAUUAUUAUGAGUCUUGAGCAUCUAGAAAAUAUCUAGAAAACUGAACAUCAUCCCAUUCUUCAGGUUGACACCUGA